CCAAGUUGCAGAGAGAAGACAAUCCUUAACAGCAGCGGAUGCCUUCAACUUUCAAGUCAGAAGAGGCACAAUCAAACGAGGAUCAAUCAUGAAGCAUAGACGAGCGUCCAUUGCGGAAAAUGACGCCGAUGGAGAAAAGAAGGACGAUGAAGUGUUUGUUCAGGAAGGAAUUGUGAAGGAAAAAGGCGACAAGAGAGAGCGGGUUCUUAAGAUGCGAAUGAAGGAAAAGAAGCGAGCGAAGCAGAAAAUGGCUAAUGCUGAACACAAAGUACGAGUGGCGACAGCGUUCAGAGGAAACAGAGAAACUGAUUUGGACUUACAAGUUGGCGACGAAGUUACUGUGCUUGUUAAGAAAGAUGAUUGGUGGCAAGGACGAUGUAGAAGUAAAGUCGGAUGGUUUCCUGCCUCUCACGUGAUCUUAAGAACAGUAAAGGCUGUUCCAGAUUAUGGAAAACACGGAUCAAGGAAAUCCACUGCGGGGACCAGUGGGGAAAGCCCCUCCCCCUCCACCAUAGGCAAUGGGGACGAAAAUGCUAACAAUAAGGUACAAGAUCUUGUCACGGAAAAAAGCUCGUCUUCUUUGGGUCGAAAAGAAAACACUUUCUUUCGUGAAAGAUCCUCCACAUCAGGCAGCCAAGUGCCUAGUACACCGCCAGCUGUGAGAGGCCGGGUGAAACUGAAAAAAACUGGUGACUGGAGAAGGGAAAUUCUUGGGGACAUGACUGUGAUGAACGCAGAGGAGUUACGGGAAUUGAAUAGCAUUAUGAGAGCGGAGCUUAGAACGCCGACAGGACUUCGUUCAAAGAGACUGGGUCCACUAAGAUUGAGCGGAGACGAUGACUCUAUGAGGGAAUGUGCCAUUAUUGAAGACCAUGAGCUGGGGGAUAUUAACCAAGGUCGACCAAACAGUGCUCUGGAUCCCAGGCCCUACUCUGCGCGAUAUUUAGGCAGGUCUAGUAGUCCACGGUUUAGUCAGAAUUCAGUUGGUCCUUUGAACAGAUUACGAACCGAGAGUGGAAGUAGCAGUGAGCGGUCGCCAUCAUCAGCAAAGAUACCUACGGUAGAGUUUUUCAGUCCCGGUACCCCGACCCCACCCUCCACAACCACAGAGCAACUCACGUCCUCGUCAGCAAAUAGUGCCAGGCUCUCUUCCAGCCCAAAAUUGUCACCGAAGGAAAAGAGACCUGCGGAGAAACCGAAAAAUGGCGAGAUGCCAGAGUGGAUGAAAAAUUUUGUCGAAACAAACAAUUUAAUUGUCGGUCAAGAUAUCAAGCUGGAUGACUCAAAAGCCGCGGGAAGACGGCGCUCGUCAACUUCUCCAUCCGGCACAGGAACUACAAAAUCUGGAACUAAAACUAAAACGGGAAGUAAAUCCUCCGGAUCGGGAUCACCGAGGGGUUCUGGAGGUACUAGCGGGACAAAAUCCCGCACGUCUCCUGGUGUUCCUAAGAAAGGAGGGACAAGUCUCGUUGGAUCCCGAAGUUCCGGAGGAAGGCCUGUCACACCGGGUAAAGCAGCUAAUAGGCAAUCCCUGUCUUAAUGCUUAUUUUAAUUAGAAGAUAGAGAUCGUCGCUGAAUGAGAUUAGCUGGUCACGCUACGUUUUUGCGUGACAUAAAAGAUUAAAACGAGGGUGACCUUCUCCUGGUCACACAAUUGCAACCGUCGUGGAGAAAAGGGGAGGUUCAAAUUUAUGUCAUGCCCAGGAGUUUUUCCGUUCAAUCCUACUAAGGAUGUUUAAGCGUAUUCCUCAGGGGUGGGGCAAGAAUCACCGUUCGCACUAUGUCUGUGGUGAGCUACUAGUCGGGAGGACUCUCUCCAGUCCCCUCCUAAAGAGAGAAAAACUCGUCCAAGUUACUGUAACGUACAUAAGAUAACUUAUUUCUCUAUUUUGUAGAUUUAUUUCAUGUAGUUAGUCAAGUACAGUCUAGCUUUUUCUUCUAAAGUAUUUGAUAUUAAAAGAAUUAUAAGAA